GCGAGCUUUCAGCGGGGUCCACCCCCUUCCUUGUGUACUCGGGAGCCUGUUCCCUGGGCGACAGUCAACACAGACAGGACUGCAAAACACAGUUGGGUCCCAGCCUGGAGAGUUCUGUCCCUAGCAGUCACUCUGAGCUCGGGAUCCGGUGGGGGGACCUUGUGCAGGCUUUUCCAGGUUAAGAAAAGAAUCUCUGUCUCUUUUCUCUCUUUUUCUCCUCUCCCGCUUUCCCCAGUCCCCUAUGGGCAGCCAACACACUCGACUCCAAAGAACCACAUCAUCCGGGUACCGACCGCCUCUUACCAGGCCUCUUGCCUCAGUUUCCAGGACCCAGGAUGGCCCUGCAGCAAGCAGGGGUCUUGCUGGUGGCUGCCAGGGUACCAGAGCCCAGGGUGUACAGCAGGACCAGCUGUGGAGGGAGCUUGUGGAAGCCGAAGUUCGAGGCCAGCAGCGUUGGGCUGAGAAUUGGGGUUUUCUGAAAGACUACGACCCUUUGGGAAAUAAGAGGGAGCCUGAGAAGCUCCCUGAAGACGUGCCCUUCUUCUCAAACACGCUCCCCAGCUCCACGAGCCAGGAGGUGGGCAGUAGGGUGGACACAGCCCUGGGGAGAGCCCUCACCCACAUGGAUUUCUUCUUCACGGAAGGCACGAGGAAGAAGAAGCUGGAGGAUGAGCUGCAGCCGGUGUAGGGAUCUCAGGACGGACCCCAGCAGACCUUGGCUGGAACAUUAUACCGGAGAUCUUGUCUACAUGUCUCUCAGUUGUUUGCACCAACAGGCUCCUGGGGUACAAGCUUCUCUCUGCUCAUCUCCAGAGUACCAAGAGAGCCGGAAAGAGAGGAUGCCAUACUGUGUGUGUGUGACUCUGCAGGUCGCAGCCAGCCCCCCACAAAUACUCUGCACCCCACAUACUGCCACCCCUAUCACGUCUUCAGGCUCUUCAGGAAGCUGUCUGCUUUGACUUUCGCUGUCUCACCCACGGGCUAAGGAAAUGGAGAUGGGUCCGGCCACCAGUGCCUUCUGUCUUUGGGACCAAAACAAAGAAGGCUGGAUGAGCCAGGCAGCCAGGCUCCAGGCCUAGGCAUGGGGAAGUAGCACCAAAGCU